AUGGACACGAAAUAAAUGUGCAAAAAUACCAAGAUAGUCCUUUGACUGCUUCAUGCAAGCUGGGUCGCUUAGAUCUGAUUAAGCUGUUAAUCAGUUACCAGGCUGAGGUUAACGUCAUGAGCUACAAUAACGAAUUUGAAUAUGCAGGAUCACCUUUGGAUGCUGCAAUAUCGGGAGGACAUAUUGAAUGCAUUAAGUUGCUUCUCCAGCAUGGUGCAUAUCUCCAUCUUCAGAGUGCAAUGGUUGCUUCCAUCAAGCGCCAGCGGCUACAAUCACUUGAGUUCUUGUUGGAUAAGUUUCCCGAAGAAGGUGCCGCUCUUGCUUGUGACACAGAGCUUGGCCUUUUGCAUUACGCUUCCAAGAAAAAUAACGAGGACAUUGUUAUCUUGCUUAUUGAUCACGGUUGUGAUGUCGACUCCACUUAUAAUGAUAAAACACCGUUGAUGAAUGCACUAAAUCCACGUGUGGUUGCA